AAAUCCAUGCCAUGUUUUCCAGCGGACGCCGCACCAUGUCCAGGUUUUCCCUGCAGCUCACGGCGCUUUCAUGGCCUCCUCCUUCCUCACCGUAGUGAUUCUCGACACAACUAACUUUGGUUCACUUCAACUUUUUUUUCAGAUCAAACAAAGCUGCUUUAAACUGUGAAAAACAAACGGUUUGGAAACUUUUACUUUCUAUUUACCUCUUUUUUUUUCUGGUCUUUGCUGCAGAAGCAGAUGAGUCUUCCUGACAACGUGAGAGUGAAACAUUCCCAUUGUGGUAGACAAUGUGUUAGACAGAUGUUGGAUGUUUGUGCAGCUUUUCAGGAGAUCACUGAGAUUAGCUGGGAUCCACUCAACUGAAUUUGACAAACCACUCACCAUGUCCCGUGAUUCAGACCCUUACAUCUUUACCACUGACACCCUUCCCUCUGACCACCGUUUCCUCCCUCCACUGGCCAACGGGCUCCUGGGAUGGAGGGUGUACAACAGUAUCAUGCACAUGGGUGGCGUGUACAACGGCGAGGGUGGACGAUGUCACCGAGCAGACGUCCCCUGUCCACUGGCCGUGAAGGUUGAGACAGAGGAACCAGCCCAGCAUACCUACGGCCUGGACACCCACACAGGUGUUUUUACGCACACUGCGAGCUCGGCGAGCGUGACCUUCUCACAGUCUUUGUAUUCACACCGAUAUUACCCCAACCUGAUGGUGAUGGAGGUCCUGUUGGUGCGUCAGGUGACUUCAGAGGAGCCAAUCACCGUUAAGCUGGUCAGUUCAUUCAAGCCUCAGAGCAAAGACAUUGUUUUUGAGUCUGGUCCUGAUUACAAAGGAGGAAGUCAUAUCAAAGGAAAGACAAACAGUGCUGAGUUCCCAGGAGGUUCCUGUCCCAUGGUGCACCUUAUCUGGACCCCCAUACCCUCCACUCUGACACUAACUCCGGAACAAAGCCAGAGCCGCUGGGGCUUCAUCCUGAUCGCUGCCAACAGUUUGGACACUGCUGAGUCCGCUUUUGAUGAAGGCCUGAAUCUGAUGACGUCUGGUGACCUGCGUCCGUCCCACGAGAAGGCCUGGAAAGAACUGUGGCUGCAGAGCAAGGUGGAGACGACCGGGUCAGAGAGCCUCUGCAAGGCUCUGAUCGGCUGCAUGUUCUACCUCCUCAGCGCCUUCCCCUCCAUACACGACACCUCUAGCUCUUUUGGUGGAGUCAGUCCAGGCGGGCUGUCUAAUGGUGGGGACGGUCAGGACUACUGGGGCCACGUUUUCUGGGACCAGGACAUUUGGAUGUAUCCCGGCAUAGCCCUUUUCUACCCCAGGCUAGCCCGAUCUGUGCUGGAGUACAGGGUGGGGACGAUAGAUGGAGCAAAAGACAACGCCCAAAAGCAGGGCUACAAGGGAAUAAAGUUCCCAUGGGAGAGUGCUGUAUCGGGGCGAGAGGUGUGUCCAGAGGACAUUUAUGGACAACAAGAGAUCCACAUAAACGGAGACGUCACUCUGGCCUUCCAACACUAUCUCUACCUCACUGAGGAUCUGGCAAUGUUCACAGAGGGUCGGGGCAGUGAGGUGAUUUACGGCGUGGCUGAUUACUGGGUUUCUAGAGUGAGCUGGAACCCAGAGGACCAGAAGUAUCACCUCUUAGGUGUUAUGCCCCCUGAUGAGUAUUAUUACAAUGUCAACAACUCUGUGUACACAAACACGGUGGCCAAAUUCAGUCUCCAGUUUGCCGUGGAGUUGGCUGCCCUCCUCCAACAUCCUGCACCAAAGGAAUGGCAAGAAGUGGCUGAACACCUAAAAAUACCUUUUGACCAAGAAUCCCAGUACCAUCCCGAGUAUGACGGCUACAUUAAAGGUCAUCCGGUGAAGCAGGCAGACACAGUGAUGUUGGGUUAUCCUCUUGGAUUGCCAAUGACUCCAGAAGUCAGGAGAAAUGACCUUGAAGCGUAUGAACCGAUAACAGACCCUCAAGGUCCAGCCAUGACAUGGGGCAUGUUUGCGAUCGGCUGGCUGGAGCUGGGGGAGGCUGAGAGAGCUCACACUUUACUUCAGAAAUGCUUCAAGAACAUCCAGGGCCCGUUCCAGGUAUGGAGUGAGUCAUCAGACGGCUCUGGUGCAGUCAACUUUCUCACAGGCAUGGGAGGAUUCCUGCAGGCUGUGCUGUUUGGUUAUACUGGCUUCAGAGUUCAGAAGGAUUGUCUGGCCUUCUCUCCACUUCUUCCCAAUGACAUCUCUGAGCUCUGCAUUCGUGGUGUGAACUACCUGGGCAACCAGAUGGACUGGCUGCUGAGGAGAGAUGAGAUUUGUAUCAUACUGAGGGAACAGGCAAGCAGUACUAGCAAGUCCUACGAUCUACAGGUUGUCCUGAAGGCAUCGGGAACUAAAAUCCCUCUCACGGCAGGGAAGCCGGUGACUUUCCCUCGAGAGCCAGGGUGUGUCUGUAAACUGGCUUCGAUGUCUUCCUGUUGGCCUUUCUGAAGCAGCAAACCACGAUGAACCCUCAUACUUAUGUCAUUUACCAGUAUUAAAAAUAUGUUGACCAGGUUAUAUAUAGCCAUUCACUUAUACAACCUUGGACAGAAUGUAAUAAAUAGCUAGCUUUCAAACACAGAGAACAUGUUUAAAGGCUCACCCAUGUUGUUUGUUAACUCUCUGGCUUGUAGCACCAUGAAGUGACAUUUUGUAUAAAAGGGAACAUGUAGAAACCUGCUCAUUUUUUAUGUUUUACAGAAUGUCCAAAGUGCUCAUCAUUAUUAAAAGACCAGUGUGUAGGAUUUAGCGGUAUCUUUAGUGCAGUUGUUGAUUGCAACCACCUUGCCUCACCUUACCUUUUCCCCAGGCGUGAAGGAGAAGGUACAGUGGCUGCAAACUGCGAAUUCAGACAGAAUCUGGCACCGCAGAGAAAACGCAGUUGGGGUAGUCUGUUUUGGCCACGGUGGUGCAGGCCUGCAGGGGUGUCCGGCAAAAGACUCGGCAGCCCAAUCAGACGAUUAGAUUGGCCAAACCACAGUCAGCCUGAAAUGUCUCUGAAACUGAGGCUAUCCAGGUGGAUUCAUGGACUAAACUCUAUAUAUUCUACCUGUUGUGUUCUGGCUUUGUUUAUUUCAUGUAUCCAGCUUCUGAAUUUGAGUCUGAUUCGCAAUUUACACUGCAAAAUGAUGAUUUGGUUUGUGUCCAAUGGGUUUGGAGAGACAGGGAGUUUUGGUCGAGAGACAUAGACAGCGAAUGAGAGAGAGAGCGAGAGAGACGGCCUCGAUAAAGACGGUUAAUCAGCAAAGUAAGAAAGUUAUUCCCUGAUUGUUUCACAGCGGUUAGAUGCUGGACUUUUAAGCUAAAAAAAGGUUUGAUACAUAAAAAUUAUAAUUCAGUGGUCUCCAUCAUUUCAAUUUCUUUUAGGUAUUUGGUAUUAUAAUGUUAUGAAAACAAUUUUGGGAAUAAAUAUAUUCAAAUAAAA